AUGGAUCCUAUCAGGCCAAUGUUCAGGGGCCCUGCUCCUGUCCACCCAUCUCAGUGUGUGAGGAUGCCAACCUGCUGGCCACAAGCUCCUUUGGAUUCAACUUGGGGUAGGGCAAGACCUGCAGGCAGAGGCCAUAUGUUUAGGAAGCCAGAAGGAACCAGCUCACAGUUCCAUCCAGAGCAAAAGGAAUCUGCUGGUUUGGUGUCCAUGUUUCGUGGCAUGGGCCUUGAGAUGUCACAGGCCCCUCCAAAACGGGAAGUUUCUUUUUCAGGGAGAGGCAUUUUAGGUCGAGGCUUAUCCACUAACAUGACCCACAAGGACAGAGAAGAACCCUGGUCCACUUUUCCUGAUCUUUCUGUGCUGGCAGCUGGGGACAGCAAGCUGGCAGAAGCCUCUGUUGGUUGGAGUAGAAUGCUGAGAAGAGGGAAUUCAGAUGCCUCUUUAUUACCAAUGGGAAGAGCAGCUGGUGUUAUAGGAAGAGGAGUGGACAAGGCUUCUAGUACCUUUGGCCUGACUGUCCGUGAUUCCCCACGGCUGCCACAACCUUCAGCUCUUUUGCCAUCCUCAUUGCACUCUGCAGACCUGACCAUAGAGCAAAAGGAAAAAGAUCUUUUUGUCAAGCAAGGAUUGAAAGGAACACCUCAGUCUUUGGGACUGAACCUCAUCAAAAUACAGUGUCACAAUGAAGCCGUGUAUCAAUAUCAUGUGACUUUCAGCCCCAACGUGGAGUGCAAAAGCAUGAGGUUUGGCAUGUUGAAGGACCAUCAGGCUGUCACUGGAAACGUCACUGCUUUUGAUGGAUCUAUUCUCUAUCUGCCUAUUAAGCUUCAACAAGUGGUUGAGUUAAAAAGUCAAAGGAAAACUGACAAUGCUGAGAUCAGCAUCAAGAUUCAGUUGACGAAGAUUCUGGAGCCCUGCUCGGAUUUGUGCAUUCCCUUCUACAAUGUGGUUUUCCGGCGAGUAAUGAAACUUUUAGACAUGAAGCUUGUGGGGCGAAACUUCUAUGACCCUACAAGUGCUAUGGUACUACAGCAACACAGAUUGCAGAUCUGGCCUGGCUAUGCAGCUAGCAUCCGAAGGACAGAUGGAGGUCUUUUCCUGCUAGCUGAUGUCUCCCAUAAGGUCAUUCGUAAUGACUCUGUGCUGGAUGUCAUGCAUGCCAUUUAUCAGCAGAGCAAAGAACACUUCCAGGAUGAGUGCAGCAAGCUUCUGGUUGGCAACAUCAUCAUCACCCGCUACAACAACCGCACCUACCGAAUUGAUGAUAUUGACUGGAAUAAGACCCCCAAAGACAGCUUCAUGAUGUCUGAUGGAAAGGAAAUCACAUUCCUGGAAUACUACAGCAAAAACUAUGGGAUCACAGUUAAAGAAGAAGAUCAACCAUUGCUCAUCCACAGGCCCAGUGAGAGACAGAAUAACCGUGGUACACUGCUGAAGAGUGAAAUCCUGCUGCUACCGGAGCUCUCUUUCAUGACAGGGAUCCCAGAGAAGAUGAAGAAGGACUUCAGGGCCAUGAAGGAUUUGACCCAGCAGAUCAAUCUGAGCCCCAAACAACACCAUAGUGCUUUGGAAUGCUUGCUGCAAAGAAUUUCGAAGAAUGAAACAGCCAACAGUGAGCUGAUGCGAUGGGGGCUCUGUCUGCAGAAGGAUGUGCACAAGAUUGAAGGACGUGUUCUACCAAUGGAAAGAAUUAACUUGAGAAAUACUUCUUUUGUCACAUCUGAGGACCUAAACUGGGUUAAGGAAGUAACCAGAGACAGUUCCAUCUUGACGAUUCCCCUGCAUUUCUGGGCACUUUUUUACCCAAAGAGAGCAAUGGAUCAGGCCCGAGAACUGGUUAACAUGUUGGAGAAGAUAGCUGCCCCUAUUGGCAUGCGCAUAAGCCCACCAGCCUGGGUUGAACUGAAGGAUGACCGAAUAGAGACCUAUAUCAGAACCAUUCAAUCCUUGCUGGGAGUUGAGGGGAAGAUACAGAUGGUUGUCUGCAUCAUCAUGGGCAUGCGUGAUGAUCUGUAUGGGGCCAUCAAGAAGCUGUGCUGUGUGCAGUCACCCGUCCCCUCACAGGUCAUCAAUGUUCGAACCAUUAGUCAGCCCACCAGGCUUCGGAGUGUGGCUCAGAAAAUUUUACUUCAGAUGAACUGUAAAUUGGGUGGUGAGCUCUGGGGAGUGGAUAUUCCUCUGAAACAAUUAAUGGUGAUUGGAAUGGAUGUGUACCAUGAUCCCAGCAGAGGCAUGCGCUCCGUGGUUGGCUUCGUGGCAAGCAUCAAUCUCACCCUUACUAAGUGGUAUUCACAAGUGGUAUUCCAGAUGCCUCAUCAGGAGAUUGUGGACAGCCUGAAGCUAUGCCUGGUGGCCUCUCUGAAAAAGUAUUAUGAGGUAAACCACCGUCUACCAGAGAAGAUCGUGAUAUACCGAGAUGGAGUGUCUGAUGGCCAGCUAAAGACAGUUGCCAACUACGAGAUUCCUCAGCUGCAAAAGUGCUUUGAAGCUUUUGAAAAUUACCAGCCCAAGAUGGUGGUGUUUGUAGUUCAGAAGAAAAUCAGCACCAAUCUGUACCUUGCUGCUAACAAUCACUUUAUGACCCCCAACCCUGGGACUGUGGUCGAUCAUACCAUAACAAGCUGUGAGUGGGUGGAUUUCUACCUUCUUGCCCACCAUGUGCGGCAGGGCUGUGGCAUUCCUACGCAUUAUAUCUGUGUCCUUAACACUGCAAACCUGAGCCCUGAUCAUAUGCAGAGGUUAACUUUCAAAUUGUGCCACAUGUACUGGAAUUGGCCUGGUACCAUCCGAGUUCCAGCUCCUUGCAAGUAUGCCCACAAGCUAGCUUUCCUGUCUGGACAGAUUUUGCAUCAUGAACCAGCAAUCCAGCUGUGCGAGAACCUGUUCUUUCUGUGA